AUGCAAGCGGUCAGCUAUGUGCCUGCAAUCUUUGCUUUCAGCAGUGCAAAGGUUCCAAAGAGUACUGCAACAGCCGUGUUCACUCCAUUACCCCCUCCAGGUCGCCCUUCUUCAGUUAAACAGUGUACGACGCCUCUAGUUCCUCCUGGGCUUCAUGACUAUCUCAAGACUACUGAGGAGCCUAACGACCUCGAGAAAAUUGCGGAGGCAGAGAAGCUGAUGCCUGGAGUGCUUGCAUCUAUGAGGGAACUGGAGCAACUCAGGGAACAGAAGUUUAAUGCUGAGAGCCACAUUCUCAGUGUAAAGACCAUCGAGAAGGACCCCUGUGUGUGCAUGUUUUGGACUGGGUUUCCAAACCACUUGAUGUUCAUGGCUGUGUUCAGCUGGCUUUCUUACAAAGCAAGCACAAUGACCUAUUGGAUGGGUACACAAAUGGCAGAGAAAACGCCAAGAAGGAACGGCAGGAAUGUCGAAUGGUGUCUGACGUUGCAAGAAGAGUUCUUUUUGACAAUGGUCAGACUCAAAACAGGCUUUGUACUGAGAGAUUUGGCACAAAGGUUUGGUGUAAGUGAAUCAUCAGUAAGGUCUAUCUUCACCACGUGGAUCAACUUGAUGUACUUUGAGCUGCGAGAAUGGUUCCAACUCCCCGAUCCAAACAAAUCACAAGCCUCUGACUUCCCUAAUGCACGUGUGAUCAUUGACUGCGCUGAACUCUUUUGUGAAACACCUGGACACUUUAAAGAGAAGAAGCACUCUUAUUCUGAUGACAAACAUUAUGAAACAUUCAAGUUCCUUGUUGCACUCAGUGCACAUCCUGCAGUUUUCCAUGUCUCUAAUGUGUUCGGUGGGCAUGCAUGUGAUGUACACGACGUCUUGGCAGCAUCUCGGGCUGUCGGUGGGAAGGUGAUGGCAGACAGGUUUCACAGGCAUGUACAAAAUGACGCCUUUAGGCACCGAGCUUAUCACGUCAGUCUUCAAAGGAACCGAAAGAUGCCAACGGACUGAGAAGGAGGUCACUGUGUCUGCCAACUGUCCAAAGGCCAGAAUUCAUGUGGAAAGAAUUUUACAAUGGUUUAAGACCUUUCACAUGCUUGAUGGAGAGAGUCGCAGCGUGUCCGUGGAGCAUUUGGCAGAACAGAGUUUCACAGUUUGUGCAUACCUCAUAAAUUUUCAAAGUCCGAUUCUGAAAAAGUGAAAAUGUAGGUUAGGAUUGGCAUUUGGGUUCGCUGCGGUCAAGGACUAAAAAUAGAAAAACAAUUUCUGUUCUGUAACAUCAGUGAUACACCCCAUACGAAUUCAAGAAUUCACGAAUUCAUUGGGCAAGUUCGAGCCGCAUUCAACCUCUUCAUACAGCAUUCUUACAGCAGUCAGCACAUUCGUGCAGUCAGAGCACAUGCACUCUACACUUGUGUUGCACAACAAUCGAAUGGCGGUCGAGGUACAGCCGUACCACAAGUUAACUGCAGUCGUAAUAUUUGUAUGGCAAUUCAUACACAAUUUGAAGCAUUUGAGGGGCUGUUUGAAUUGAUCAAGCAUGUAGAAUCCUGGCCGAAUGUCCUGACUUUGCCUGCACACUCCUCCCCAUCACACUGGAGCAUGAGUGAGCAUGAAUGCUGCACGAAUGGACAUUCAAAGUACAGUCGGGCAAAUCCGAGCUGCAUUCAAAAACCUUGUACAGCAUUCUUGAGUGCACGCCACACAGUCGUGCACAUUCGUGUGGCCAGCCCGAAUGUAGAGCACGUGCACACCACUGUCAAGCUGCAUUCAAAGCGAGGAAAUGCUUCCGUGAUCUCAUGGUCUCCUGUGGCUUUCAGUCCGACUGGAAUAACAGCUGGUCAGAGCGCUGCGCGUGCAUCGGAUUGGAUCAUCCACACACCCCACUGUGUGUGUGUGUGUGUGUGUGUGUGUGUGUGCGCGCGCGCAUCUGAUCGCUUUACCGCUCGUGCGUGAACCCAUGUGGUCAAUAGGGCAUCCGCUUGUCCACUAAAUAGCUAACGUCCAGAGAGGGAGUGAGUGCACGGGGGGGGGGGGACGACAUCCAACCCAUGAACCGACAUCUAAUCAUUUCUUGGGUUGGAUGUCAUUUGACAUCCAGCAGUGGGACACAGCAGGGCCUCAGAAGUGUGGACCAUAGCAUUUGCUCUGCCACGCCCCUCCCCUUGCUUGCCUUCCACCCAGACAUCGGGUGGCAUGUACGGCGUUGAAGGGGCAUUCUGCAUAUUCCUGCUGCAUUCUUCCGGCAUUGUGGGGUUUUGUGCAGUUUUCUUUUUAUUCUUUGUUUUUGUUUUUGUGUGUGUGUGUGUGUGCUGUGUUGUCUGCGUUUGACCUGCACUCUGGGUAGUCGACCUGGAUUCAGGAGCUGCUGCACUCUGAAUAUGCGCGAAUCAUUCAAGGUGGCUUCGAAACACAUUCUGGGUAGGGCAUUCAUACAUGGCUGUGUGAAUGUCUGUCCCAUACGAAUGCGGCUUGAAUUCUGGCUGUUGUUCCCUUCCGGGCUGUUCAUACGGCAUUCGGGCUCAUUCCUGCUCUAGUGUAAUGGCGUUCUUAAAGAUGUCAUAUUUGUGAUGAAACGUGGUUUCCAGGAUGCUUAUGUUGAUAAGAAAGGUUGCAUCACUUGGGCCAAUAGAUCAAGGUCACUGUUCCUAAAAUAGAAAUAAGGUUGCAGGUAAAUCUUUUUAUUUAUGUAUGAUAUAUUGUGAUGAGAGUCAGUUUAGGAAGCAUAUCUACGAAAGUAAAUGUUGCUUGGUGCUUUUGGCAUCAAAGAAGUCAAAGUCACUACUACUACUACAAAAUAAAUAAAUGAGGUAUUGUGUUGAAUCCUGGAAGCUAGGUAUUAGGUGAAAUGAAAUGUCAAGAUUUGCACUUAAGGUUAUAAACGUCAGUCUCAUUUCCUGCUCAGUUAGCUACUAGUUAGGAAUGAGGUAUUAUGUCCCAUAACGUGCAUUGUUGUCCUAUAGACACACGUUUGCCCUUCGCUCAUUUAAAAGAACUGCAUAUGCAGUGUCAAUGCUGUUUUGGGUUGACGUGUAUAAAUGCAGUUGUAUACCUUGAUGUGUUGCACUACUUAUAAAGAAUAGUAUUAACAUGUCAGUACUAAUAGCACAGCAGAUAGAUUACCAUUUCAUGUCAUUUGGAUCUUGUGUCUUAAAUUCAUGUGAUGUCAAGUAGAAUAAAAACAUUUUACCAUAUAGUCAUGGCAUUCCCUCAGUGGUAAGGAAGAUCAUCUCUUGAUCAAUUCCCGAACAGGAUAUCUACAUUCAGGGUCAACCAAGAGAUGACUGUGCUUGGGUUCUUUUAAUGUGGGAAUGUUGUUGCAUGCAGACAAAAAUACAGUCAUUGGUAGAUCCCUAGUCUGGUCGGAUGGCUGGGAAAUCCCAGGCGAUAAGGGUCUGAGGACCUGCUGCAGCCUUCAUCCACCUUCAUAGUUGUUGGGUUACGAGCCAUCACCUCCACCUGAUCCACCGUUGAGGAUUUCGUGUUUCCUGUUCAGGAUUCCUGCUGGGCCUUCAUAGUUACUGUAGCGGGCACAGGGUACCCAAGGUUCCAACUGUAUUUCACUCCAACAGGCAAUCCCCUACUUGAUCCAUUACCCAAGAUGUCACAGGGGUUGGCUUUUGACACUGAGGGGCGCUGCUGUUGUGGAAAUCCUUAUUCUGUAUGUAUUUUUUUUUUGUAUUAUUAUGUUUUUCUCAGGGUCUUAACCUAGGCUCACACCAGCUAUGUGGUAGUGUUGUAUCGCCUGCCACAUUUUUAUUAAUUCAAUGCUAAAAUCAUACACGAUAUGUAUGUUUCUCUAUGGCCAUUUUACAAAAAGUCCAUUAAAAACAAUCUAAUUGUGAGCAAAUUCCACCACAUUCUUGUACAGCAUGUCUCCAGGUCUCACUGAUAAUGUUUAAGUUAAC